GGGGGGGGGGGCGGCCCCCGCGGAUACACAGGGCAGUGCAGCCGCCUCCUCCCGCCCCGGCUUGGCUCUCUCCAGGUCCUCCACGGCAACGGCACCGAUGUGGGAACCGUGGUCACGUUCCAGUGCUCCGCCGAGCACCAGCUGGAGGGACCAGGCGCCAUCACCUGCGUUUGGAAAGGCAACAGCACUCAGUGGACAGCCGGAGUGCCGUCCUGCAAGCCCAUAUCAAAAUACGAGACUUUUGGCUUUAAGGUCGCAGUGAUUGCCUCCAUUGUGAGCUGUGCUGUCAUUCUGCUGAUGUCCAUGGCUUUCUUAACUUGCUGUCUGAUCAAGUGUGUGAAGAAAAGUGAGAGGAGGGGAACUCAAAGAGAAAUGCAGCUGUGGUACCAGCUAAGGACUGAAGAACUAGAGCACAUGCAAGCUGCUUACUUUGGUUUUAAGGGAAGAAACAAUAACAACAACAAUAAGAAACUCAAGAAUGCAUCUGUAUUUGGUGACGUUACUAACAUGGCAUAUGAUAACCAAGGCUUCUACAGGUCCCAGGAAGAGUGGACUCGGGGUGUUGUAGUUCCUGGGUGUUGCAAAGACAACAGUCACCUGCUGAAGGUAGACAAGAGCAGUCGUGCACUUGGGGCACACAUGGUACCAAGACACAACACUGCACUGCAGACAGUGGACUCCAUACACGUUGUUGAAGUCUACAGUCAUAAGGAUAGUUACAACAAACCAACUUGCCAGAUACCUGGAUAGCUGGUGUCUGAAAUGCAGCUGCUUCUCUGGACCAAAACGAAAUUUUGAUAGAAAUAUGUGCCUUAAAGACAACAUAGAAAAUUCAUUAUUCAUAUGAAUUAUAAGUUUUCUAUAUUCCAAGAUGGUUAUUUAACAGAAAUGCUUCAAGGUCUGAUACAAAUAAAGGUAUGAAUGUUGGGGCUGUCAACCCAGAGCUGUUCUCGGCAGUGUGCUGUGCAGUGUGACCAUGGCAAAAGCAUAAUGUCCUUCUGCACAGCUAGAGAGGUGGUACCCAGUUUGCAUAUAUGCCUCAUAUGAAGUUGCUGAUAAUAAUUUUACACUCUCAGAUUCCAAUCUUCUCUGAACCAGUGGGUUUUGUAAGAAUUUCAGAAAGAAAAGUCCCCCUUAUUUUUACAAAGUACCAUGAUAGAACUACAAAAACAAAAUAGUUUUAAUUAAAUGCCCCAUUGUUUUGUAUCAGGAAGAUCUUUAAUUCAUCUGCUCAUGCGAGGCUGGGUGCAGCCAAGGCCCAUCUGCAGGUCUGGUAGCCUGUGGGAGAGGAGAUGGCACAUGGAGGGAUAUGGUGUCGUGCUGUGGCACACCUUGGGUUCCCACCAGUGACCUUCUGUAGCUUCUCCAGGUGUCCCAGUGCCAGAGCAGCUGGCGUGCAGGUGGGGACAGCAGUGUAGCCUUCCUGGAGCAGCCACCUCGAGAUUGCUGCAGCAUCAUCCCUGUGAGACCUCUCUAAAUAAAGGGCUGAGGUAGCUUUUGAAA